GAAACACCGGAAGUACUUCAGUUGAACUGUCGCCGCAUUGCAUGGUGGGAAGGCGGAAAAGCGCUCCAAAAGAGAAGCAAGAAAUCGACGAGCACACGUUGCGGCUUUUCUUUAGUUUGGAAACAACAAGGGAAGCUCGGUUUUACAGCUGUAUUUGUCACAGGAACCAAAAGAAAGAUGUCAAUCGGCGUGCCCAUUAAAGUGCUCCAUGAGGCGGAGGGACACAUUGUGACUUGUGAGACCAACACUGGAGAGGUGUACAGGGGCAAGCUGAUCGAGGCCGAGGACAACAUGAACUGCCAGAUGUCCAACAUCACCGUGACCUAUCGCGACGGGCGGGUGGCUCAGCUGGAGCAGGUGUACAUCCGCGGCAGCAAGAUCCGCUUCCUGAUUCUACCUGACAUGUUGAAGAACGCGCCCAUGCUGAAGAGCAUGAAGAACAAGAACCAAGGCUCCGGUGCCGGAAGGGGCAAGGCGGCCAUUCUCAAAGCGCAAGUGGCUGCAAGAGGAAGAGGACGUGGUGGCAUGGGAAGAGGAAAUAUCUUCCAGAAGAGGCGAUAAUUGCUGCAGCUUUAGUGUGUUUUUGUAUAGGCCACAUCUUGUUUUUGUUCAUUUUCUCCCAUCAAUUGAACGUCUUGUUCUGAACCUUGUCCAUGGGAGUAUAUUGCUGUAAGUUCCUUUUUUUUAAAAAAUAAAAUAAACCUUUUAAUUUCA